UUCAUUCAUUACAUUCAUAUCCAUCUACUUAGCUCAUUAAUUACUUAAGAGUAAGGAAAAUACAGAAUGGGAAAAGAGAUAGUGAGAGCAGAAUCAUCAACCUUCAACUGGUCUUCAGAUGAUAAUAGAAUGCCUCUGUUGGCUUUGAACCAUGUUUCCUAUGUCUGCAAGUCUGUUCCCAAAAGUGUCGAAUUCUAUGAGCAAGUUCUUGGAUUUGCUCUCAUACAGAGGCCAUCUUCUUUCCAAUUUGAAGGAGCUUGGCUGUUCAACCACGGAAUUGGAAUCCAUUUGUUAGGAAAAGAGGAUGUGCAAUCAAACAAGGGGAAAAUUAAUCCAAAAGACAAUCACAUUUCGUUCCAAUGCACAGAUAUGGACCUUAUUAUUCAGAGAUUGAAUGACAUGGAAAUUGAAUAUGUUACUGCUACUGUAAAAGAAGGUGGAGUUACUGUAGAUCAACUAUUCUUUCAUGACCCAGAUGGCAACAUGAUUGAGAUUUGCAAUUGCCAAAACAUACCAAUUAUUCCACUUUCCUCUUGCCCUAUCAACAAUCUUCCAACCUUUCACCAAACAGCAAUGACUAAUUCUUUUUACGGGAAAGGAAGCAGUAAGAAGAAUUGCUUAGGAGAAAUGGAAUAUCUAAUGAUGGAGAACUUAGCCAUGAACAUGAUAGACAUUUCAUUUUGAGUAUAAAAUAUACCAUCUUGUACUAAAGAACGAGUCUUUUUUUCUAUCUAAUUAUUCACUGAAAAAAAUAUAUAGAAUUUUCAUUUGUUUACAUCAUAGAGGUUCAUGUGUACUAUUGCCACUUCAGUUGUUUCUAGAGAAUACAACGGUUCGAAUGCUUCUAUUA